AAGCAAUACAAGAAUUAUGAGUGUCUGUCGCUCAGCCGUGAGGAUCUUGACAAGGAGUGCAAAAAAGUGGAGAAAGGCCACAACUUCUACGAUUUCCAGUUCAAUACAAGGCUGGUCAAAUCCACAAUCGUCCAUUUUCAGAUCGUAAACAUGUUACCGAGACUCACAUGAAUAAAUUUUAUAGUAGAAGAUCUGUUAUAGCAAAUGGGAGGUGCCAUAUUGAGUGAUUGUUACCACAUACCAGGUUAUGAAACCACUUUGUUUCUGAAACCUGCUUAGGUGAGCAUAUAAUUCUUCUUUACAUAGACUGGAAGUGUAGGCAACGUGUGUGUGCGGCUUAAAAAACAAUUUUUUUUCUUUUGAUGUUUCCCUGAAAUUGCGACCUCACAAUUUUUUAGCAUUCCUUAUAUUGCUUUUGUUUUGCUAGUUUUUGACACUUCAUAGGUGACCAUGGCAUUCUAACUCAACUGUAGUUUUGUUGUAUGAUCUGGCUUUAGAGGAUGGGUUUUCUUGUGCUGUCCUGUAUUUUAUUCUUUAAUGUUUUCAUUCUCUCUUAGUUAACCAUGUAAUUAAAUAACUGGUGAUUGAUGUUCUUAAGGCUGAAGGCAUUUGUGCAUUUGUAGAGUUAUCUAGUUAACGCGAAUUUCUGUCAUUCAGACUAGACUACUUCUACUAAGUAUUCUGAUUAGACUAACAUAUAUCUCAACUGCCUUAUAAUUUAACCCAUGGCACGAGAUUGCUACUUCUUCAUUUCAGCCUUAGAAGCAGCAUUGCAGUUUUAUCUGAGCAGCUGGCGCAGUAAAAGACACGUUCCAUAUGCUUUCUUUGUAGUUAUUUCUCUGCAUUCGCAAUUCUGGAUGCACCACUGUGAUCUGAACACUUGGCAUCUGUGCAUGUUCUUCCUUUAUCAGCUGAGGAACCUACUAUGGGCAACCUCAAAGCACGACGUGUAUCUGACCCAAAAUUACUCUGUGAUGCACUGGUCAUCCAUGCUCAGGAAGAGUCGAGAAGUACUUAAUGUUGCUCGGCCUAUUGUACCUACCCUGAACUCCCCUGGAUCUAUGGCUCAGACUCUUUCACGAGUUCAAAUAAGCACCAUGACCGUGAAGGACAACCUAAUGGUGGCCGGUGGUUUCCAAGGAGAGGUUAUGUGCAAGUAUCUAAACCAACCUGGGGUUGCCUUCUGCACUAAAGUAGCUACUGAUGAGAACGCUAUCACCAACUCUGUCGACGUUUAUCACAACCCCAGUGGCGCGAAGAGGGUAAUCACUGCGAACAAUGAUGCCCAAGUGAGGGUUUUGGAUGGUGGAAACUUCUCAUGCCUGAAUCGUUUCACGUUCCCGUGGUCUGUUAAUAACAUCUCCGCGAGUCCGGAUGGGAAGUUGCUUGCAGUUCUUGGCGACAGCCCCGAAUGUUUACUAGCAGACGCUCAAUCGGGGAAGGUUGUCAGCAACCUAAAAGGGCAUCUGGACUACUCAUUCGCGUCGGCCUGGCACCCAGACGGCAACAUUUUGGCCACGGGGAACCAAGACACAACGUGCAGGUUGUGGGACGUGAGGAACCUAUCUGAGUCCGUGCAGGUGCUCAAGGGAAGGAUGGGUGCUAUCAGGGCCAUCCAGUUUACAUCAAACGGUCAGUUCAUGGCCAUGGCUGAGCCAGCCGACUUCGUGCAUGUGUUUGACACGAAAUCGGACUAUGCAGCAGGGCAGGAGAUCGACCUGUUUGGUGAAAUAGCCGGCAUCUCCUUCAGCCCGGAUGCAGACGCCUUGUUUGUGGGCGUUUCGGACCGGACAUACGGCAGUUUGUUGGAGUUCAAUAGGAGAAGUUAUGACAGCUACCUUAACUGCGUCUUUUAGUUCUAAAAAGAUGAGAUCGUAGCCUUUUGGUCUGGAUGGUUGGUUGGUUUCUGUGGUUUUUAUUAUGCAGAAAAAAAAAAUGAAGAGAAAUUUUGCAGAUGUAAAUUGUUGUUGGUGCUUGUUCUGUAAAUGAGAACAGUUCGUGGCUUGUGUAUAUAUUAAUAUAAAUUCUAUAAUUGUCUUUC